UGACCUUUGGUUCACAUCGAUGUUAAUAACAAGAAGCUGCUGUAUUGAUUGCCAGGGUACAUUCCAUGUACUUGGCCCGAAGAUCUUCGGCGUACACUCAGGUUUUUUUGGCGUUCCGCGUGCAAACUUAUAGAUAACAUUUUUGGCAUACGUAAAUCUUCGUUAGUUGGCGUGCUAAACAUGAAGCCACGUACAAAGUUAACACGAAAACAUUUGACACGACGAAACGUGCUUCGAUUGUAGAAUCGCACGUUUUAUUAUAUUGUUCACAGCAAGUUACAACGAACUGUUCUACUCAUGUACGAUCAGUUUUGAUGUUCCUAGCCAAAUGUUACAAGCAGUCAGUCUCGGCGCCCCCUUAUCUCAAUUUGCGCCCAUAUUCAGGAGCCCCCUGCCCCCCCUGCCACCACGCCACUGACCGGCAUAAUAGCCCGGUGGGUCAUCUCACACUAUCAAAUGUAAGCACCCGUGUCUGACGGUCUAGAAAACUGACCCUUAUCUCUGAUAUUUGAUUCCCCUUUUCUUUGAAACCAAAGAAAAUCUAUACCCUUUUUCUUUAAAAACAAACAAUUGAACAAAGAAAUAGGUCACAAUAGGUCAAAGAAAGAAAAAUUAGAAACUUUAUUAAGAUUCCCAUAUCAUACACCAAUUUUUUUAUUCUCUAUGUCCUAGAUAUAUGACAAAAUUAAAACCCCUUUACAGAGAUAUUCAGACACUUGACAAUAAAAGUGGACCCGCCGGGCAUAAAAGCCAUUUUCUUUUUUUCUUCUUCGACAAUCCUCUUAAGCGCUCAUAAUUACGGCCACUUUACUCAGCUCAGAGAAUUUCUGAACAUGUUCGAAAUGUAGUUUUUGGUGAAGGCUCCUGCUCGAUUUUUGCCCGAAAAAUGCCUGUUCCUCCCACUUUUUUCCCAUUGACCCUUGCUAUUUCUCCUUGCUUCUUAACUAGUAAUUCAAGUUUUUCUCUCGUGAUGAAAAUCUUUUCUAUAACCUUUGAACUCUCAAAGAAGGCUGCAGACCUCGAAAGCAUCUGAGAGUUUUUCAACCUUCGAAAGGCAGGCUUUACGUGUCCCCCAUGACUGUGAAUUACAAUAUUCAUUAGUUUGCCAUCUUAACAAAAGAAGCGUUUCAUAAACCAGUAAGAAAUGAAGCCUUCGUAUUGUUUCUUGAUAUGAUGCAUGAAUUUAAGUAUAUAGUUCAAAGGAAUCACCUGUUCAAUGCAAGAAGGCUUGCUACGGCCUAAACACAACAAACCAGCACAUUUUCAGUCCUAUUUUCAUUCCAUAUUGGCACAAAUGGUUUGACUGAAGCUAGAAAGUUACUUCUUGCCAAAGUGUCACUAGCAUAAAAGAAGGAGAACUCUGGCAUAAUUAGUUGUAAUUGUUUUGCUAAAAUGUACCUGCGUAUCAAGAAUGGCACUUAGAUCGCUGUUUUUUGUGCUGUGCGAGAUAUCCAUAAAAAUGGACCUUUCAUCAAAUCAACAGCUUACACAAUUUGGAAAUGAGAAGAAACUUAUAGGAAAAGAUACUGAACAGACCAGAUAUGCCUCAGACUUGACUACUGGUUCAAAGUCUUCCAUUGUCAAUGGGGUUGAGCUUAGAUUCAGAAAUAGCAGUUUUGAAAGCGCUAGCAGCGACAGUACAUACAAGGUUUUAGUUGGAGUGAAAAGCAAGUUACAAGACCUUAAAAUGUCGGAGCAGUUUGCACGAAAAGCUGUUGCAAGGCGUCCCCCAGUUCCUUGUCCAGAACUACCAAGAGUGCUCGGGUCCAAACAGUCGAAGACAGGAAACUAUAGUUAUGCGGAUAUUGAAUUCCGGCCAAUGAUUAUAAGCGAACACGGGGCGGUUUCUGCUCCAAUAGAGACACAGUGUGAAGAUAAAGACAGUUAUGAUAGCGUUGGAGUGAAAAGCCCAACGGACAACUACGAAUGGGAUGAUGACGUAGGCAUGUAUGGUAAUCAAGAAUACGCGUCUGUCGAGUUAAACGUUAAGAAUAGUGCCGAAACUGCAACCUUUGAUAGCGAAAUUCCGCUGCCCGGAGACAAUGCGGACUCCUUCGUAAACAUCGGUCAAAUGCGGGAGACGGUAAUUGGUGAUAUUGAUGAUACCUACCGAGGUCCAUCACAGCCUCUUUCGCAUGAUACUGACAGUGAAUCAAAAAUUUAUGAUACCCCUAUCGAUAGUUUUUCCCAGAAGGAAGUUGAUGUCAGCCAAUUAUAUGCUUCAGUUGAUUUUAGUAAAAAGAAAAAGAAUAGAAAUAAAAAUCGAGAAAAAAAAGUUUUGGUUGAUACCGUAGUAAGUAAAGAUAUUUCUUUUGAGUGCCAUGGCUCGAGGCAGUCCCAAAGAGAUACGACGAUGGAUGUUGGAAAAUCAAGGUUUUUUAUUGAAAUUCCUGACAGACGAGAAGGUCCUCCACCGCCAAUUCCGAAACCUUUUACAGUGCAAAGAAAGAAGUCUGCACCUGCGCUGCUCGUACACAGAACCGAUCUUCCUCCGUUACCACCCAGAAGCAAAGAAGUGAGUGAACAGAAACCGGAGGGUUUCAAAAUCGAACCGGUUGCACUGAAAUCUUUAAAGGGACAUAAUAGAAACCGGUCAGCUGAUUUCGACGUGUCCGGACUUGUCAGCGAAGGAAAAAAGGGUUUCAAGAAGCAACACCGUAGAAUGAAAUCUCACGAGACUGUAACGGCUAUAUACAACCAGUCUCAUGCUCAUUCGAACUCUGACCUGGGAGCAAGCGACAAUCCGAAACCAGAAAGCACAUCAGAAGCCGGAUUGGUGUCAAAAGAGGCCCACGAUUCAUCCGGAGAUAAUCCGUACGCGGAGGUUGACAUGAAGGACCUUUUACAGAAAGCAGAAGCAUUGGUCACUGAUGAUUUACCUGAAGGCUGGCAGGAAGUAAGAGAUGGAAGCGAAAUUUACUAUUGGCACAUAUGGACUGGCACGAUACAAUACGAGAGGCCCGUACUGUCUGCAAGGCCCCAAGCCAUCAGUUUUCCGGUUCACUCCAUGGGAUGGGUAGACGUUGAAGAAGAGAAAAUGGUCAGUGAUGUCUUGGCAGAAACCGUCAAUGAAUGCAUCUCAUCAUUGGCAGAGCAGCGCAAAGAUUUAUGGGCGAUAUCUGAAACUUGGGGCGAGGGUAAGGAUAUCAAGCUUAUUUUGGAAGGAGAGUCUUUAAAGCUGAUCGAGCCUAAAUCAAGAGCUUUACUUUUAACCCAACCAAUUGCAAAAAUGAGGGUUUGGGGCGUUGGAAAGGAAGACCAAAGGGACUUUGCUUUCAUUGCUCGUGACCAGAUAACAAAUAAGCAUAGGUGUCACAUGUUUCGUUGCCAUGGAAACGUAUCCGGGCGUUCUAUUGCUAAUACACUGCACAUGAUAUGCAAUCGUGUCCUUGAAGAGAAAAGGAAAGCAAAAGAAAGAAGUUCAAAAUCUCAGAAGCAAGGCUCAGACCUGUUGAAUGCACCUGUUUCUUCCACUGCAAGAGGUAAUACUUCAUUCAACGAAAAACCUUACUUCGAACAAAAGAGGUGCUUCAGCGCUAAAUAUGUCGGGUGGACUGAAGUUGGAAGAUCAUCAGGUAUUGAAACUCUAAACAAAGCAGUCACCAAGUUAACAGCGGUUCGUGAACCUUCUGAAUGGCAAACCGUACUACUGGAGAUUACAACAUCGGAAGUGAAGACAAUAGAUUGUUCGACUCAGUCGAUUUUGAUGGAGGAUAGAGUGCGAUUCAUUUCAUUUCUUGGUGUUGCAAAGGACCAAAGGAUGUGUGGCUAUAUUGUUGCGGCUGGAAUGGAAACAUUCAUUUGCCAUGUCUUUUGCUGUACACCACAUGCUGGUACUCUUACAAGAGCGAUUGAAGAAGCAUGCAAAUUAAGAUAUGAGAAGUUUUUAUAUAAGUCCUCUCAAGAAAACGAGUCAAAACUGCAAGUAGAUGCAAGUUCACAACAAUCUCAACAAAAAAUGCAGGCAACAGCAAAAGAAGGAAAGAGCAAUGCAUUAAAAUCAAGUGUACAAGGUCUUUUUAGUAAACUACAAAAAAGAGAUUCAAAGAAAAAGCUAGAUGAACCAGCUACAAGUAAUUCUGAAAGAAAGAGCCCUCCAUUGCAACCCGGUACCAAUGAAUUUUUAGUUAAAUAUUUUGGAUGCGUUGAGGUGGAACUUGGAACUGGAAUUGAAACAGUCCAGGAUGCAGUGGAGAAAUUGUCAGGUGGAGCUAUGAUGAUUGGUUAUUUAGAGGUAACACAUGGAGGAUUGAUACUUUGUGACUCACAAAGAACAGCACUUUCAAGGCGUGUAAUUGAUUUGGACACAGUUUCAUACUGUGGCAUCACAAGUGAUAGAUGUCAUUUUGGACUUAUUGUUUCACAAGGCAGAGGGAAGUAUGCAUGUCACGUUUGUCAAGAAUAUAAGACUCCUGUUGGUAAAAUUGUCAGUGCUGUCCAUGAAAUGCUGUGAGAUGAAAAAUCGUGUUUAAGGUCACUCUACAAUUUAUUUACCUGUUGUGACCUAUAAAUGACUCCUUGCAAGGAAAAGGUACCUACUGUGAUUACAAUUAAUCUUGAAAAAGACCCAAAUAAUUUUACAGGUAAACAGGUGCAGGUCGAAGUUGUUAGUUUUCAGUUUUAGUUGAAGGAAACUCUGUAUACAAAACAAAAUAAUGGACAAAAAUGUACUUAAAUAGCUUAAAUAUCAGAAAUUCAGAAGUUAUCCAGAAAUUUAUGAUAAAUACAGUAAUUGAGAUUUCUUAAGAUUUAAAUUUUAUGAAUUGUUAAAUCGUCACUGUUAAGAAAAUUUAAACUUAAAGGAACAAGGAGUUGAAUUUAAGAAGUCUUAUUUGCACUAGUGGAAUAUUUUGCAGAAAAGAUGGAACUAAGGUUUGCAUGUUCAUUCAAUUUAACUUUGUUACAAGCAUGGCAAACUGAGUCAAUCUCAAUAACUUUAUGAGUAUUCAAUUCUAAUGAAUUUCUGGGGUGUAAGAAUUUAGGUUUUUUAAAUUAAUUUGACAUUUUGAGGAAUUCGUUUUUUUCACCUUGCGGGAUAAAUUACUUGUAAUGGGCACAAGCAAACCCCCAUAAAAGCAAAGAAGGAUAACAGUUCAAAUUCUUAUCUAGAGAUAUUAAACUUCUUGGAUUCAAUAUAGGGUAAAAAGCUCUUUGCUUUUUUGUUCUAGCUCUUUAGCAAAAAAAUUAAGCAACUUGGAUAAUAACAUGAUUUGUGAUGGCCACCACACAUGUGAAGCCCCUUUAAAAUUUAAGUGUCAUGUACCAAGUCUUAUUCAUUGUGCAAUGUUUAACUGGGCAUUUAGGGAAACAUGCCAUAAAAAUUAUCAGAUAUAUCAGACUUGCAAAUUACUUGUAAUUAAGUAGAAAAUAUUCUUACAUAUUUAGAAAACAAACAUCACUGGUUUAUCUAAAAUAAAAUAAGAUAGAGUUUCUCAGUUUCUGAAGGCUUGAACCUAGAAAAAUAUAUUUAUUCAGUGACUUUAAAGUAAGGCUAAAACAUACAAAGCCCAUAAAGUUCCCCAUUGAUUAAUCAAAUAGAGUUCCUGAUGAAUAAUUGUGAAGAGUAGGUUGUGUCUUUUGCUGAAAUGAAGUGUCAAUCUAAAGAUUAUUGACUGAAAUGAAAUUUUUCUAUAACAAUUAGAUACAUUUUCAUAAUAAUAGGAACAGCAAGAAUAGUGAAAGCCCCCGUAUCCCCAGAUUUAGUUGGCAUGUAUUUAGUUGGAAUGGUGAUAGCAAUGUUUACAUAAUGCAAAUAUCUACAACAAGCAGGGGUUAGAAAAAUCCUUUAACACCAAACAUUAGUAUGUUUUUAAUGACGGCAUAUGGAAGAAAUCAUUCUGCUUAUGUCAAUUGAUUUUAAUGUAUCGUUCUCUAUAACAGUAGAAGCUUCACACAGCGUAACAAAUCUAUAUGAAAAAGCUACUUUAUUCUCUGGUUAUCAGCAUAGCCAAAACUUAAAGUAUUACUCAGUCAGUCUACAAAUUUUGUGAGACGUUUUUUAUUCUGUUAAUGUAUGAAUUGUAGUGAUAUAAGAAUGAAAGUUAA